CACCCUGACCUGACCUCUCCGUUUUCUUUUCUCCUCCUCCCUGCUGCUUCUCUCUCUACUCUCUCUCUCUCUCUCUCUCUCUCUCUGCAACCGCAUCGGUAUCCAUGGCGGCUAUCACCGGCAAGGACAAGGAGGAGCCUCUCGAGCUGAAGCAGGGAGGGAGCAAGGUCUUCUCCAAGCUGUUCACCAGGGAGAGCUCGGCCGCGGCGCCGUCCUUCCGGGUGUACUACGGCGUCGCGUCGGCGGGGUCCGUGCCCUUCAUGUGGGAGUCGCAGCCGGGCACGCCCAAGAACGACGCCGUCUCCACGGCCACCCUGCCGCCGCUCACGCCGCCGCCGUCCUACUACACCGCCAGGCAGCAGGUCACCCACCACAGGCACCACAAGUCCUCCGCCGGCGGCGGCGGCAAGAAGCACUCCAAGCAGUACAUGAGCCUCUUCAGCGCCAUCCUGCCCAAGAUCAUCCUGCACAGGCGGUCCAGCAGGUCCUCGUCGUCCGGCUCGCCCUCCGCGUCCUCCUGCUCCUCCUCGUCGUCGGCGUUCUCCUCCGCCGCCUCCUCGGCGUCGUCGCUGUCGUUCCGCAGCGCGCAGUCGCCCGCCGCCUGCUCGUCGAUGCGGAGCCGGGUGUACGCGUUCUCGCUCGGGGACGCCGCCGUCGACAGCGAGGACGAGCGGCCGCCGGCGCCGGCGUGCUUCAGCGUGCGGCACGAGAGCUUCAGGGCCUUCAAGGGCUGCCGCGUCGCCAUGACGGUGAAGAGCGCGCUGGCGUCCGUCGGCGGCCAUGGGCCCACUUCAGCGCAGAAGGUGUAAUCCCUCUCGUUAACCCCCAUCGUGGUCAUGCAUGUCGCCGCUGUUGCUUGGAGAGGUGCUUGAGCUUGAUUACUCUGCAUGUUUUUAACCGUGUGCCUUGUAUGUCUCUUUCACGGAGUAAUGUUGAAAAAAAAACUCAAGAGGAGCUUAUCAAAGUAUUAUAUAUGGUGAAUUAAGUGUGUAACAGUGUGUAAAUUAAACACAAUAAUGUAAUGAGCAUAGCAUGGUGCAUGGCUAUGUGAUUUCAGAUCC